AUGGUGAUAGCAGAUACACUUUCGAGACUGUCACCAAAGGAGGGAGACGAAAUCCCUAGAAUGCAAAUGAAAAUUCAUCAUCUAGUGGAGUUCUCACCUGUCGAACUCCAACAGAUAAAAGACGAAACUGCUAAAGAUGGAACUCUUCAAAUCCUCACCGAGCAAGUUAUGCAAGGGUGGCCUGAUAGCAUAAAGAAAACUCAGCAAGCAAUAAAGCCUUACUGGAAUAACCGAGAUGACAUCUCUAUUCAAGAAGGAGUUCUACUAGGAGUUCUACUAGGAAGUAGAAUAAUUGUUCCAAAAUCACUCUGGCAGAAGAUAUUGCAAGAAAUCCACAGUGGUCAUCAAGGGAUGGAGAAGUGCAAACUCCGCGCAAAAUCCUGUGUCUAUUGGCCUGGUAUAUAUAAAGGGGUUGAGAGUAUGGUGGCGUCCUGUUGUGCCUGCAAGAAAUUCCAGAAUUCUCAGCAGAAGGAGCCCAUGAUUCCAAGUGAAGUACCGCCAAGACCAUGGCACACUGUGAGGGCAGACUUCUUCAAGGUAAAUAAUUUCUGGUACAUAGUUAUCGCUGACUAUUAUUCGAAGUUUCCAUUAGUGAAGAAAUUGAAUAAUCUAACAGCAACCACUGUAGUUAAUGUGGUUAGAUCAAUAUUUUCUGAGCAAGGCAUACCAGAAACCCUGAUUUGUGAUAAUGGAACCCAAUUCACUUCUCCCAAUUUCAAGACCUAGCGAAGAGAUAUGGUUUCAGAGUGGUGACUUCGUCACCGUACUACCCAAAGGGUCAUUGAGAGACAGGUCCAAACUGUGAAGAAAAUCCUGUUGAAAUGCAAAGAAUCAGGAACUGAUCCUAGUCUUGCAUUGCUGUCGUUACGUUCUACACCGUUAAGUGCAACACUCAAAUCUCCAGCAGAGCUACUAAAUGGAAGAAUGUUCAAGGCAACAUUACCAGUAAAGAUUCAUCCAACAAACGAUUGGCACGAAACCAGAGACUUGUUAUUAACACAACAAAAGAAACAAGUCAAUCUAUAUAACAGGGAUUCGAAAGAGAAGCCAAAUCUCUUUCAAAAUCAAGCUGUACAAGUUCAAGACCCUAUUAAAAAACAUGGAGUCCAGCGAGAGUAG